AGGGUUAUUGAGAAUAUUAGGCCCGAGACCAGGCGUCAAAAACGAAGUGUAUCCGCGUCUUGUUAGGCAUUAGUUCGCAUCUGCUUGUUGCUGUAGGAUAGAAACAAAUUCGAUUCAGUGUCCAUCAUGAAGUUUGUGAUCUUGUUGUGUCUGCUUGGCUGUAUGGCAACUGCCAAUGGAUUUAUCUUGGAUCUGCUGAAGGACAAGAAACCCUCGGGUCGAGAGGAUUCAGGGGACAAUCUUAAUAUAUUGCAUCAACCAAUGGAGCUUUUUAGCAGUUUAUUGGAAAAUUUUAAGAAGGGAUUUACGAAUAUAUUGAGCCUUUUCGGUGUUGGUGGUGGGAAGGGUGGAGAUGGUGAAGAUAGUAGCGACAAAUCAACGACUGAAUCUUCGUCAUCUGAAGAAUCAACAACGGCUAAAACAACAUCAGCAACGAAAACAGAGGCAUCAUCAGAGGAAACAACAAAGGCAUCCACUACAACGGAAUCCAAAUCUUCAGAGGACUCAUCCACGGAAGACUCAACCACCAGUUCCAGUACGAAAAAAGAUUAGAACAACAGGAAAGAACAACAGUGCUUCAGCUCCAUGAGGAGAAAUUCUAUCGCUAAAACUUCGCAUCGCAUAUUGCUCGCCAUUGUUUGUUCCUCAGCUGCUUUAUACCGGGUAUUUAAACAACGAGAAUAAAAUUGCGAACCAUAUUUUUAGCAGCUUGUGUUCAUUGUUUACGCAAAUGUUGGGGAGCCUCGAACCAUUUCAUUUCAUUCAAAGAUCUUCCAUCAUCAGUCGUUGAUCGACAAUGUCUUGGUUUAGUAAUUCUCUUUGCAUUGUAUUGCUAACAAUCUUGAUGCUGGACUUUGUACGGCCAGCUCCAAUAGGGGUUAAUCUGAUAGAUACACCCGACGAGCAUCUUGUAAGUUUUGAGGUGGACGUCGAUCGGCAAUCUGACCUGAUGCUGCCCAAGCUUGAGCUUCAAUUGGUGAAGACACAUCAACAAGAGGAUGAUAUAGAAGUUCUGCGUAUGCAAUUAUUGCAGCUGAAUCUACUCAAGUUGCUUAUUGCCUUGGACCUACUUAUAUUGAUAUGCAUUUAUUUCUACGCCAGAGAAAAAAAAUACAGCCCAGUGCAAGCUGUAUAAAAUGCGGAUUAUUACUACUAAGUUUAUAAAAAACCCCAGCUUACUUUAAAAAUGUAUAAAAUAAAUAUAAAAAUAUGACUUUUGUAAAUUCUCUUCUAGAAAUAAAAAAAAAA